AUGAGGUUGUGGAGAGGGGUGUUCUCUUGUACUUACUCAGUGGUGCCUCAGCCAUUCUGUUCGUUGUGUGUUGGAGAAGGAGGAUCUGAUGAAGGCAAGAGUGCACUGCUGGUGUCAUUGUCACGGCCGCUGUCAGCCAGGCUGCUCUUGGUUCUUCAGCUUUCCGUUUCCUUGGGUCCAUCACUGCUUCUAGACCUCGCUGUGAGCAGUACUAACCCUGGCCGACCUCCUCAAGGCUGGCCAGGUUCCAGCCUUUCGUAUAGCCCAGGUGCUCCACCUUCCGUGCCAUCUGGACUCCCACCAAGUGCAACACCCUCCACUGUGCCUUCUGGACCAGCACCAACAGGAAUGUGUCCCUCCGUGCCUCCCACUGGACCACCUCCAGGACCCCCAGCACACUUUCCUCCUUCUAGACCAUCAUGCCCCACACCUGGUGGUCCUCAUCCAGCUCCAGCGGUGCCAGGUCCUGGCCCCACCGGGCCAUGUCCUACAUCAAAUAUGCCCUUUCCAGAGCUUCCACAGCCAUAUGGUGCACCCACUGACCCAGCUGCAGCUGGUCUGUUAGGUCCGUGGGGAUCCAUGUCUUCUGGACCUUGGGCACCAGGAAUGGGAAGGCAUCAUCCUACCCCUCAUGCACCACAUCUGUCUCCAGGGCCAUACCCUGCACCUCCUUCUCCCCAAGCACUACAGCAGCACCACUGGUCCCAUAGGGUCACCGUUCCACCAGGAGCCCCGGGACCACCAGCACCAUACCCUGCACCUGCAGGAUUCUAUCCCACACCAGGCCUCUGUCCCACUGCCAAUAAUGCUUUUCAAGUGCCUUUGGGACCUACUGGUGCUCCACCAGUGUCUGGUGGUCCCCAUUCUUACCUUUAAGUUAAUGGAUGAAGAGAUGACGCUUUGCUUUUUGAAGUGCGCACAUAAACACAUAAAUAAAAAUUGCUGGUUUCACUGUUACAGGGCAUUCAUGAACAACUCUUACAUCUCUCAGGAGAUAAUCUGUCUCCUGUGGUUGGAUUAUAAUGUACCAAAUACAAUCAGAUAAAAAUUUAAAAGUAAGUCAUUAAAAUGUGAUUUUUAUUCAGUUUUUAUGGAAAGUUAAAGUGUAUCGAAUA